AUGGUCGGCGCAAAGCAAAAAGUUGCGACUGCGACCAGGACAAAGUCUGGAGGUCCCUCCUCCUCCACACAAGCUUCACGUCAGGACCACACCAUGAUGGACAAGGACUACACGUCUAGUGACGAAGAAAUGGAUGAAGAGGACGACAUUCCUGAAAAGGACGACGUUGAAGAGAGGCUUGAGAAGUUGCUUUUCGGUGAUGAUGAAGGGUUCCAAGCAGCGCUGAAAAGUCACGGGCAUCAAGGGUCCACCGAUCUUGUUCUGGCUAGUGAUCAGGAAGAUGGGGAAGGAGAUGAGGAGAAUGAACAGGAUAUGGAUGAUGUGGCGGAUGCCGAUCUCUUUUUCCUAGACUCGGGCGUCCCAGAACUACAAGAUGCUAUUAACCAGCCCGAUACUAUGGCGCUUGAACUAAAAGGUGAAACUAGUGUUGUCACUCAACCGACUGUAUGGAACGAUAGCGACGACGAGCGCGUGUCCAUAUCACUCGCUGGUCAUUCACGGUUACGCAAACUACGUGUCGCCGAAUCGGAAGACGUUGUCAACGGAACAGAGUAUAUAAGAAGAUUACGAACUCAAUAUCUGCGACUACAUCCUACCCCUGAUUGGGCUAAUAUGGAACUACGCAAGAAACGCAAGACGAGGAAGACCAAUCACGGCAGCAGCGGUUCCGAGGUCUCGAGCAGUGAGGGCGAGAUGGAUACCGAUGAUGAUGAUGAAGAUAUCUCGGUCAAGCCAUUGGCAAAGCUUUUGCAAGGUGCUGGCGACCUCAUUAAGGGAAGUGAGGAGAGCGCGUCAGGAAAACGGGUGAAGCUUCGUCAGGAAGUUAUAGAUAUUCGUCGAUUGAAGGACGUUGGAGGUGUCCAGCCUUCAUCUAUAGACUCGCUGUCCUUUCAUCCCCAUCAUUCGCUCCUCCUUUCUUCCGGGCCUGCAUCAACUGUCUGGCUUCAUCACAUCUCACCCAGCGCGCCUACUCCCAGUAACCUCUUGACAUCCCUCCAAAUCAGGAAAACACCCUUAUACACAUCUGCCUUUGCCGCUCCAUCUGGAAACAAGAUCUACGCCUCCGGUCGACGCCGCUACUUCCACGUCUGGGAUCUGGAGUCUGGCAGAAUAGAAAAAAUCAACCCGACAGCAGAUCGCAAGGAAGAACAAAAAUCAAUGGAAAGAUUUAAACUCUCCCCCUGCGGAAGAUAUAUCGGCCUGAUCGGCUCCGCGCGUAAAGGAGGCGGUAUGAUCAACAUUCUCGACUCGACAACCGCCCAAUGGAUUGCACAGGCUCGCGUCGACGGUCUCGGAGGCGUGGCUGAUUUUGCCUGGUGGGCUGAUGGUAAUGGUAUGGUGAUUGCAAGCAAAAAUGGUGAAAUCUCUGAAUUUGACAUGCGUCUCCGCCGAGUCAUUUGUCGCUGGACCGAUGCAGGUGCCGUCGGCACUACUGUUAUUGCUCUGGGCGGUUCUUCAGGCAGACCACAGCUCGGAGGAGAUCGGUGGGUCGCCGUGGGAAGUUUCAGUGGUAUCGUGAACAUCUACGAUCGUAAACCAUGGCAGGGUGCUGCAGCACAGGCCGAACAGUCCAAGAAACACAAUAUUGAAGAUGCUAUUCCCAGCAACCCUACACCGGUGAGGGCAUUGGAACAACUUACGACGUCCAUUACUCAAAUUGUGUUUGCUCCGGAUGGCCAAUUUAUGGUCAUGGCUAGUAAAUGGAAACGAGAUGCGUUGCGAUUGGUCCAUCUACCAUCAUGCACCGUCUACCGUAACUGGCCCACAUCAAACACGCCAUUUGGCCGUAUCACAGCUGUUGCUAUAUCGCCCCAGUCGAAUCUCCUGGCUGUUGCUAAUGAGCAAGGCAAGAUUCGUCUGUGGGAGAUUAACGGUUAA